CGCGAGAGGGAGUUUUUCCGUUCGUGGUUAGGUACAGCCUCACAGCGGUGAAGUUGCAAGCAAAUGAGAAACUGGUGAUUUCAAUGUAUUUCCCAGCUUUAAGUAAAUAUGUCAUUGUAUAAGAACAAUAUAUAAAAAGGAAAAAUAGUAUUUAUUUGACCAGAAAUGUCAGCGCUACGAAUUGACGAAAACGUGCACAAUUAAUUUGCCUUCAAACGUGAUACAAAGUCAUUGCAGAAGUCAAUUCAACAAUCAUUUACAGAAAGUGGGGACAUAAAAGAAUGAAAAAUAAUAGUGAUGAAUGUGAAGUGCCAGAAAAAAAUUUGUAAGCUAUAAAACAGAAUAAACGAGACUCCUGUCAUUAAUAUUUUUCGCAAAAUGAAUGACAACAGCCAAAGAGGAAACGGAUAUAUCUGAGCAUAAAAUUCAUCGUCUAAAAAUAUAAUAUAAGAUAUCACCUACAAUAAUGGAACACAAUAAGAAUAAAAGGGAUUGAAUUUAUUACCCAUGAAAAUAAUUACGGAACUCCUCCAAAAUCGACGUAAAAACAGAGAGCUUUUAGCACGGCCACUGAUCAAUUACAAGCCUGUCAAUAGCUGAAAGAACUAAUUACCGCGGCAGUUCAAACUUAAAUUAAAAGUGAAUCGUUGGUUUCUCUCGCCGACGAAAAAACCAGCGCCCGUGAAGUGCGAGUGAGGUGGUCCAGUCUACCAAAAGCAAUUAGAAGUCCAUGGAUUCUACCUGCUGAGAUCCACGCUGUGAAGGAAAGUCAUGGCAGGCUCCGGGAGCGGACAAGGAGCUGGGCCCCGCGGGGCAGUGGGGAAUACGGUGGCAGAGAGAAACGCGCAGGGCACGACGGUGCAGUGCGGACCCCACCAGUACCGCCUUGGGCUCUACGGCUGGCGUCGGCGGUGUCUCUACGCCCUGGUGCUCCUCCUCCUUGUGAUGGUCAUACUCAACCUCGCCCUUACGCUUUUUAUACUUAGAGUACUCGAUUUCACGACGGAAGGUAUGGGAGGCAUCCAGAUCGUCCAGGGAGGAAUGAUCGCCAGCGGCGACGUACACGUCAUGGACACCUUAGUGGCCGCGCGCAUUCUCUCCCGCCCGCACACGCCCAUACGCAUCGUGGCCGCCAACAAUUUCUCCAUAGCAGCCACGGACGCCGAGGGCAGACUUACUAAUAGUAUAUUCAUGAACUCUGAGGCUAUGGAGUGCACCUCCGACCGACUGGUCAUCAGGGAUAAGGAGGGACGUCUGCUCUUCUCCGCCACCAGAGAUGAGGUGCUGGUUGGGGCGCGUCAACUCACUGUGAAAGGUGAGGGUGGAGCGCUAUUCACCGGUUCAGUCCAGACAAGUCACGUGGCUGCCCCAGUGGGCCAGAGCUUGCUCUUGGAGUCUCUGACCCGUAGCCUGGAAGUGACAGCACCCACCGCCGUCCACCUGGAAUCCCGAGCAGGAACGAUCGAAGCCACGUGCUUGCAUGACUUCACUCUCCAGUCGACAGGAGGAAGUAUUAACUUCGUUACCCCAAACAUAAUCGUCAGAGGUCUACGCACUUCUUUUACGAGAGAGAAGAACCCGAAGAAAUCUCCUCCAAACGUCUACCAGGUGUGCGUGUGCAUCAGCGGGAAGCUGUUCCUAGCGGAGCCAGGUGGAGUCUGUGCAGCUGAUCAAGAAUUCUGCAAAUUGCCAUAAUAAUCGUCUCGCUUCUCCUACUUCUUCUAUUUCUUCUGCUGCAUAUUGAUACUUGGAACAGUGCACCGCCGACCUCCGUCUUCAGUAUGGGCAGCCGGUGAUUUCAUUUCCAGCCACGCGACAAAAACAAUGAAAAAAUAUUUACAAAGAAUCAGUAAUAAUUUCUUCGUGCGUUUGUCUGUGGGUAUGCGUGUGUACUUGCGCGUGCGUGGGCGCACGGCUGUAUCCUUCGAAGUUUUGAGCGGUGUGCCAACGCAAUUGUGUCCAGUAAAAUACUCGUAAAAUACUACAAGUUUUAAGGAAACGUUGUUCUGUUGUGUGUGCGUGUGUGAGUGUGCGCGUGCGCGAGGACACCGAUGUGUCCAUCACCUUAUACGUGAAUGCUUCGUGUUCAACAAUACUCGUAUGACCUAUUCAACUGCAUCCCGUUCUUGCGCGAGAGAAUAUUGUGCUUAAUCGAUUGUGAGUCUUGAUUGUUUUUAAGUUACAGAAACAAGUUCGACCUAAGAACUAUUUUAACUGUGAUUAAGUCACGGAAAGAAUGACUUAGAACCAUUCUAAUUGUUUUUCAUUAAUAAAAUCAUGUUUGAAGGAAGAGAAAAUAUCUUCCAAACGCUAAUACUGUGAAAACGAGAUUAAAGCAAAACAACAAUUCUCCCUGAUGGAAAGUUGAAGAAACUAACAAGAAUGUCGUAAGCAACAUUUGGAAAAGUUAGACACUGUCCACAUUCCCCCUGUGGUUCGGACAGACCUUAGAAACAAUGUUAUUAUUAUUUUCAUCCUGUCUUGAUUGUCUUGAAUGAAAGGCGAUUUUUCGCUUGCAAUAAGUUUCAGUUACAAAUUGAGAAUUUUGGAUGCUGAAAAGUACUUGUGAACUGUUUAAGAUUCAUAAAAAAAUAUUAUUCAAUGUAUGACCUGUUCUGUACAGUGCACAUAGGAAGAACGAAAGACCUUAGGUAUGUUUGUGAAAAGUAAUGUAAAUAAUAACUGAAAAAUACUGACAACGUAGGAUGAUAGUUACGUGGGAACUGUGUCAAAUUCGAAAGUGUCAGAAGAAAGAAGGAAGAGAAGACGUAGAUACUUAUGUGAAAAGAAAUGCAAAUAAUGAUAGAAAAAAAUUAUGGAGACAACGUAAGGUGAUAGUUCCGUGAAAAGUGAGUAAAAUUUGAAAAGUGUAAGGAGAGAGGAGGAAAAGACACCGACAUGAAAAAAAUGAACACUUUAAUGGCGAAAUCAUGGUGAGAAGACUAACAGCAAAUCAGAAAUUUCGCUAAAAACCAAACUUCCAAAAUAAUUCUACUUCAAAAGGGUGCUUAGAAUUUAAGUUUCGUUUCCUUUCUUCAUUUCAUGCUUUUGAAAAUUGAAUGUUAAACCACAUUAUUCUGGAUAAUUGCUCUUUGUAAGGAAUCAAAUAAUUCGCACAUGAAGAUAAAUUAAAAGGCUGAAUCAAUAACAAAAAAGAUAUAUACUUUCUGGCUCUUCUAUAUUUGUUUAUGGGUUGAGGACUACCGAAUUCUUACACAGUGAAUUUUGACAAAUAAAUUUUUGUCGCAUGUUUUGCCUAAAAUUAAUUUAGGCUGAUUUCA